UUGCAAUAAAUUUAUAAUCAACCAAAAUAAAAUUGCCGCGAAAUUUACACCGGCGAUGAACAUUGAUCACCGGAAUCUUCUAUGAAACUAAAACCAAUCAACCUUCGUUCCUUCUUAUUCUCAAAACAAAUUCCAACUCCACCGUUAUUUUCCUUUUCAUCUUACAAAUGUUUCACUAAUCACACGAGAAAACCAUCACACUUCUUCGACGACGUCGUUCCAGGCACUAGCGCCGUUUACAAUCACGCUCUCAAAUUCCAGCGUCCUGCAACUAUUAAAUGGAAACCGCACCUAGACAACACCACUACCUUCAUCGGUUCAGUUACGCGCGAACUAAAGCGCGUGAAUACAACAUCCAGUAAUUUUGGAGUUUACACUACGCUUCAUGUUCCAAGUUCUAACAAACCUAAUAGCUCCUCUAUUUGGGUGCUUCUUAAGAUGUGGGGCAAUGUGGGUGAAUUUGCUGAUGAACACUUGAAACCAAAUCAUUUUAUUUGUGUUUCAGGUUGUUUGGCGUCUUUUACUAAAGCUGAUGGCAAUGGAAACUUUCGAUUGUAUUAUGAGCUAAAUGUUAAGGAGUUAAAUUUUGUUUCUCAAAGGCUAGGGAGUGACGAUCACAGGAAAGAACAUUCUUUACAUGUUACUAAAGCCAGUAACCAAAAUAAUGGGAAUCGGCUUCACCUUUGGCAAGUGUUUUUCGCCAAUCCAAAUGAAUGGUGGGAUCAGAGAAAGUGCAAGACAAAUCCAAAGCAGCCUGAUUUUAAGCACAGGGAUACAGGGGAAGCUCUCUGGCUGAGUAAACAUGAUCCACCAUGGGUUACAAAACAACUUGAAUUACAUGACUCAAAAAUUGCAGAAGGAGGAUUUUUAGGUCGUCGGCCUCGUGUUGCUUCCUGGGUUUACGAUGAAUAGUUGAAAGUAAUUGAAGAUGACAGACUGUGGUAAUUCUCCCAUAAUCUUAUGGAUGGUAGCUUUGUUUAUAAUUAAUUACUAUUUGGAACAAAAUUUACAGCAAUAGCGGAAACAAAAUCACUAUGAUUAUGAUACUUAGCGAUUCUCAAGGCCAUUCACAUCAUAGCCCUAUUGAAAUUCUUCUUCAGAAUCAGUUUAUUUAUAGCAAAAACGAAAGAAAGAAAACCUUGACAGUCAGAAUAUUUAUCUAUUUGUACGGCAACUCCAUGUAUCAUAUUUCUAUGGACUUACAAGUAAAGGGACAUUAUGUAGAACAAUAUUGGAGUACCUCUGGUUUUGGAUUUCAUCCAACAUAUAACAUGCUUGAUAUCAAACUUCACAUUGAAACUUUGUUUCCCCUCACUCUUCUGAACCACUUGAAGAGGUCUUCAUAGCAUUGUACAAUUUCACCUCCCUUCAAAAUUUUCAUUGUAAAAUGAAUACCAAUAUUUCAUUUCACGAA